UGCUUCGAAAAGUUUGUGACACAAAAUGAUCGGUUACAUCAAGAUUCUGGCCUCUGUGCCCCUGUUAAGUUUAGCCUUUUUAGCUACAACGGGGCUACAUGCUUUUGCGGACAAAGGCGUUGGUUCACCAAAGGGAAAACAAUGCAAGAAGCAACUUGACUUUUCGAUUGUGGUAGAUGAAUCUGCUAGUAUAUCGAAUGAUCAAUGGGAGGGUCAGAUGAUUCCAUUUUUGCGGAAUUUGAUUCAUACCGUUGACCUCGACAACACUGACAUACGUCUUUCGCUUACCACUUACUCAACUCCAACUCGCCAGAUAUUUACGUUUUUGGAUGCGGCUGCAAGCAGUACCAGGCUCGCACUCACUAAGCUUGAUUGGAUGGCCGGUACCAAAGCUAGGAGUGGUAUGACCUACACUGGCAGGGCUCUGAACUACGUUCGUAAGGCUAUACUACCAUAUGGUCGCAAGAAUGUACCCAAGGCAUUGUUACUGAUUACUGAUGGAGUAUCUUCGGAUGGAAGUUACACCGCACAGGUUGCGGCCAUGCUUCGUGAUGAGGGUGUAAAUGUAAUGGUUAUUGGUGUCGGUGAUGUAAAUGUUGCUGAAUGCCGUGGCAUAGUAGGAUGUGAUGGAGUAAUGGAUUGUCCUAUGUUCAAGCACACCAACUGGAAGGACAUCAUGGGCCUCUUUAACAGCUUAAUGAAGGAGGUAUGUGAUAUUUUACCUCAGGACGCUGUUUGUGAGCCUGUAUGGGCAGAAUGGUCAUCUUGUAAAGGGGAAUGUGGCGUUCCUGGUACACGAACUCGUGCUCUUUUGGAUCUCCGAAUGAUUGAAAAGCCCGUAAAUGGCUCGAAUGGGCAACCGGGUAAAUCAUGUGAGGAUCAGAAGAUGAACUUCUUACCCCAAUCAGAGACAUGCACCAUAGAAUGCAAUCAUGAGCCUGUGCCAAGCUCGCCGGUACCUAUACCACAUGAUAUGGAUCACCCAGAACCAAGCCGUGCUACACCGGAAGGUGACUUAGAUCAUUCUCAUUCUAGCAUUCCAUCCACCCCUGACAUGUCAUCAAGUUCUACUGACAUGCCAUCAAGUUCUAGUGACAUGCCAUCAAGUCCCACUGAUAUGUCAUCAAGUACUACCGAUAUGCCAUCAAGUACUACCGAUAUGCCAUCAAGUACUACCGAUAUGUCAUCAAGUACUACCGAUAUGCCAUCAAGUACUACCGAUAUGUCAUCAAGUACUACCGAUAUGCCAUCAAGUCCCACUGAUAUGCCAUCAAGUACUACCGAUAUGCCAUCAAGUCCCACUCAUACUCGUGUAGAAGAGACCGAUGAAGAACAUAACCACAGGAAAGAUAUGGAUAUCAAGUUCCCCGAAAAUAUGGAUGAUAUUCCAGUCGAGGAUAUUCCCAUGCCCAUAGAUCCUAGACAUGGCGUCGAACCAUCGGCUUCUGAUGUGAUACCUGAGGAUGACCAACUUCGUAAGAAGCUUGAAAUGCAGCGCGAAGAGGACCUAAGGAAGGAAUUGAUGCUCCAACAUGAACUGAAGCUUCAAGAAGAAAAGGAAAGGGCGGCUAUUUUAGAGAAUAACACUCCUUAUGGAUCCGCCACUUCCGUGUCGCAAGGCGGUGAAUCUACAACUGGCUUACCCCAAAGUAGCGAGGCCGAUGCAAUAAGUCACGAUGUGUAUGAUAACCACCCCGAGGAAUCUGAAAACACAGGGAUAAAUGCUGAAGUGACCGAAUCUGAGGACUACGAGGGCGAAAAACAAAAUGACGAAUCAAAUGCACGUUCGACUAGCAACACUACUAAGAUUGCCGGCGGUGCUUUACUAGGUCUUCUUCUCCUUGGUGCCGGUGGUGGAUACGCUAUGUACAAAAAGAACAAGACACCUACUGUUGAGACAGAAUCAGGUGAUUACACUGGGGCCGACGAGAGUGCAGAACCCAUGAAGGAGGGUGACACAUACACCGUCACUGAGUUUGACAACAACAUUUGGGGCGAGGCAGCGUAACUUACACAUAUAGAAAUGUU